UCGGCAGGUAGGGGCAGUUGAUUAAUUGAUUGUCACAUCUUGUCACCGCAUAGACCGCCGGGCUGAUAUCUAUCCCUAUGAAUUGGGUUCGGAGGCUAAUUAACCUCCCAGAUUGCUUAGGUGGCGAUCCAACUUGUGGAUGAACCCUGAGCCACCACUGCCGCUUCAAGCCACGACAAUGACAAGACAUCAUAAUCAACCACUAUGCAUGCGCAGGUCCACAGGUUGCUCCUGUAGUCUUCUCUAGUAUCCCUCGCCACUUCAGUGAUGUCAUCAACCUCCGAACUUUACGUCCCUGUAAACCGACGGAAGCCUACAACGGGUUCACCGAGCUCAGAGGUUUCGUCACCAGCGGAAUCAUCGUCUUGUGAUAAUCGGCCUAUCUACACGCUUGCAGACAUGCUACUAUUAGCGUCAUCGCCCCUGUCAAAGUUAUCGCCUGAGAAAUUGAGCGCCUUGCGAGCUACAGCACCAGAAAUCGUGCAGACCUCGAAGCAGCGCCGAACACAUGAAUGGAAGAUGAAAUUUGGUCCGUACUGGCCUGGGAGACCUCACAGACCCCUUCAAUUCCCCCUUAAGUCACAGUUAAAGUCUUCUGGACCUCAAGGGUGGAGGAAGUGACGCGCGACACCCGACCAACUGCAUUGUUCGUGUUCCGGAAGAACCAUGAUGA